UUAUGAUCGAAUUUUUGUGAUUGUUUACUACAAUGGCCCUUAGCGGAAAACAGCGGGAAAGCAAUAGGGCAGUACAUUGUAAAACCUUAUUUUUCGUUGGAAGUAUUACAUUUCGGAAGAAAUAAAAGCGUGCAUGUACAUACAUAACAUUAAAUAUUGAAGGCUUUUAUACAAAAUAAUUAAAUGGCUGAACGAUUAGAAGAUUUAAACCUUCCAAAUGCAGUUGUUACUAGAAUUAUAAAGGAAGCUUUACCAGAUGGAGUUACUAUAGGAAAAGAUGCAAGAACUGCUAUUGCUAAAGCUUCAUCAAUUUUUAUUUUAUAUUUAACAUCGUCAGCAAACAUAAUAGCCAAAAAAGCAAAUCGUAAAACUAUUAGUGGCACAGAUGUUAUACAAGCAAUGGCAGAUAUAGAUUUUGAUCAGUUUGUAGAUCCUUUGCAAGAAUCUUUAGAAAAUUUUAAAAGAACUCAAAAAGAAAAGAAAGAUGCUACAACAAAGAAAAAGCAGAUCAAGAAAGAUGAAGAUGAAAUAGUUGAAGAUGAAGAUACUGGAAAGGAAAUUACAACUUUAUAACAUAGUUGAGAGUAACUUUUUGUAUUAAUACUUCUUGAUAAUAUAAAAUCAAUCGCAAAAGUGCAGUUUUUUUUUUAUAUUAUAUAUUUAUUAUUAUAACCAUUAUAUAUAAUAAUUAUCAAAUAUACAAGUAUGAUGUUUACUUUUCCAUA